AUGGAUGUCGAGGCACAGAAGUCUUGGGAGCUCGAGAACAACGUCAAGCUAGUUGAUCCCACCCGCGACUCUCUCUACGGCUACGACCCCGAAUCUCAAAAAGACAUCCGAGCGAAGAAGCCAUGGCGAACUGAUCCGAACUACUUCCGCACGGUGCGCAUCAGCGCCGUUGCGCUCAUCAAGAUGGUUAUGCAUGCGCGGUCAGGCGGCAGCAUCGAGGUGAUGGGCCUGAUGCAGGGAUUCGUAGACGGCACUGCGCUCGUCAUCACCGAUGCUUUCCGUCUUCCAGUCGAAGGCACAGAGACUCGUGUCAACGCUCAGGAGGAGGCCAACGAGUACAUGGUCGAGUACCCCCGAUUGAGCCGUGAGCAGGGCCGCCUGGAGAACCUGAUCGGAUGGUACCACAGUCACCCAGGCUACGGCUGUUGGCUGAGCGGUAUUGAUGUCGGCACGCAGCACCAGUGGCAGAUGUUUGAGGAUCCCUUCGUGGCAGUCGUCGUGGACCCUGACCGCACUAUCAGCGCGGGCAAGGUCGAGAUUGGUGCCUUCCGCACAUACCCCGAGGACUACAAGCCGGCCGGUAGCAGUGGCGGUGUGACAUCUGACGGAUACCAGACGGUACCGCUUGCUAAGGCGGAGGACUUUGGUGCGCAUGCGAGUCGUUACUACAGCCUGGAUAUCGAGCACUUCAAGAGCAGCUUGGAUGGGCAGCUAUUGGAGCUCUUGUGGAACAAGUACUGGGUACAGACAUUGAGUCAAAGCCCGCUCUUCACGAAUCGCGACUACGGUAAUAAACAAAUGCUCGACCUGGGCCAGAAGAUCAAGGAAGUGACGGGAUCUGUGCAGAGACACGGCCGGGGAGGUGGACAGAUGGGACUUGGCUUGGCUUUUGGCAGUGGCAGUCCGGCUGGCGGCAGUAAGGCUCUCGACCAGGCCCUGGAGAAGGUCAUGCGUGACAGCAAACAAAUUGCCGCCAAGGAGAGAGCAGGCUUGAUGGCAGUGGAAGUCAAGGGAAAGAUUUUCAAUGGCUCAGGUAGCUCGACUUCGUGA